GUGGCUCGGAAGGGGCAGUUCGCGGUGCGGAGAGGCACUUGGGGGAACACUUUUGCGUCCGAGCCGUGGCUGCAGGAUUUCCCAUUCUCAGACCUUGGCCGGAUGGAGGCGGAGGCUGCGUGGAAGAGGAAGAUGCCCCAGGACACCCAGGCAGACAAGGAGCUGAGGAUGGAGACCAGGGAGGACAAAUCCCCAUGGCAGAACCUCAUGGAAGAGGCCGUUUUGAGUGGCUCCACAGCACAGGAAUCCAACAGGGAAGAAAAUCCCCAGAGAUGCCACAGGAGGAGGUGCUUCAAACCCAGCCCAGGGUGCUCUGAGGAUGAAAGACCCACCCUGUGCCAGGAAGGCAGCCGGAGAUCCAUCCAGGGCUUUGAGCUGGUGGUCCAUGAGCAGCUUCAGGAUGGGGAGAAGCCCUACAAGUGCUUGGAGUGUGGGAAAAGCUUCAGCUGCAGCAGGAGCGUGAUCCGCCACCAGAUGAUCCACACUGGGGAAUGGGCCUGUGAGUGUGAGAAAUGUGGGAAGGGCUUCAGCUGCAGUUCUGAACUCAUCCGUCACCAGCGCAUCCACACUGGGGAGAGGCCCUACGAGUGUCCCAAGUGUGGAAAGAGGUUUCAGACCAGCUCAGAUCUCCUCAGGCACCAAAGGAUUCACAUGGAUGUGAGGCCAUUCUGCUGCCCCGACUGUGGGGAGGGCUUCAAGGAGAAGUCCAUCCUCAUCAUCCACCAGCGCAUCCACACUGGGGAGAGGCCCUACGUGUGUGGGGAAUGUGGAAAGAGCUUCAGCCACAACACCAGCCUGAUCCGCCACCAGAGGACCCACACUGGGGAACGUCCCUAUGAGUGUGGGGAAUGUGGGAUGACCUUCAGCCAGAGGUCCCAACUGACCAUCCACCAGAUGAUCCACACUGGGGAGAGGCCCUACGAGUGUCCCGAGUGUGGGAAGAGGUUUCAGACCAGCUCCAGUCUCCUCGUGCACCAGCGGAUUCACAGAGAGGAGAGGCCCUUCCGCUGCCCCGACUGCAGGAAGGGCUUCAAGCAAAACUCCAACCUCGUCAUCCACCGGCGCAUCCACACCGGGGAGAGGCCCUAUGAGUGUCCCCAGUGUGGGAAGAGAUUCACUGACAGGUCUAACUUCACUAAACAUCAAAGGAGGCACCAGUAAAGGAAGCCCUGCAUGUGCCUCAAGUGCAGGAAGAGCUUCAUCUGCUGCUCCAGCUCCAUCCCCCACCAGGGGGACCCAUGCUGGGCAGAGCCCUGAUGACCCACAUUCUGCGCUGGGAGGACACUGGGCUGGUGGUCAUUUUGUUUCAGUUCCCAUUAUCUUUUGAUUCAUCCUCAUCCCAUUAAAACAGACAAAAUAGUUGUCAAAAUCAAAAUAUUUAUCAAAGGCAUCUAAAGCCUCACUGCCUCACUUUUCACUAGUGCUUCAAGGGAAUCUGGGAGUCAAGGAGAUACUUGGGAGGAUUUGGGGGUUGUGAGGGUAUUUGGUGUAGUUGCCUCCAUUUCUUGGCACUCAAAGAGAUGAGAGGGUUCAAUCUGUCACUUCAAAACCACUUAAUGCCACUGAAAACUACUCAAUCCCACUCCAAAAUUAUUCAAUUCCACAGUCACUCAGGGUGUGAUGCCUUAAGUUUUAUCUUUUGUGUUUUUCAUAUUCUGUGCUGCCUAAGUUUGCAGUUUUGAACUUCAUAUCAAGUGUUAGUGAGCUCUCUUCACAGAGUAGGUAGACAAAACAAUUCCUUUUCUAGCUUGAUACUAAGGACAGUCGUUACAAGUUUCAGGCCCAAAAGCAUAAACGAGGGUGGACUGAAGAGAGAAAACGGGAAGGAUGGGAUUUUAUCAUCUGAUGCUGUAAUUGGACCAUGAACUCAAAUAUGCAGGUGGUCCUAAACUUCUAGAAAUGUGAGACCUCGUGAUCAGUUGUCCAUUUUUGUGGCCGUUUUUGGUCCAUCUUGGGUGUAGCCCUGGCCAGGCUCUUGCACUGCCCAAAGUGUAUCUUUUAAGGCCUUUUAGUUGACUUUAUUCUUAAUUCAGUCUGGCCUCUGUUCUAGGUCAGCCUUCCCAAGGCAUCAGAUGGAAUGGAGUUGGAAGGUGACUGA